AUCCUUGCUCUGCUCGUCGCCUGGCAGGCAGCUUCGGCUCCACGUUACGCCCAAGCACAGGGCGCGCAAGGCUGGGCUGCCUGCUUUUCUUUUGGUGACAGGUGGGGACGUUCGGCGCCCAGCUUGAGGAGGGGGCCGUGGAACCCAGGUGGGGAGCGCUGGGCCCGGUUCCCUCCGCAAGGAGGGUCACUGAGGUUCUCUGCCAACGCAGCCUCCAGCGUCCCCACCCACGGCGGGGCGGGUCGGGGGAGGAGCUCGGCGCGUCCCCGCCCCGAGGCGGAGCGGGGGCCGGGCCUGAACAGACCCGGAGGGGUGGGCCGGGGACGCUAGGCGGAGCGGGGCCCCACACAGGCCGCGGCGGCUGGCUCGGGCCCCUACGGUCCCGGCGGCGGCUGGAGGAGGAAGCCAGGCGGCUGAAGAGAAGGGGAGGCGGAGGAGGCCGAGGUGGAGAGCCGCUCGUCGCAAACUCACUUCCCCGGCUCAGCAGGGAAAGGUUCCUAGGAGGCGAGUGUGGACGGUAUGCAAAGUUGUGAAUCCAGUGGUGACAGUGCGGAUGACCCUCUCAGUCGUGGCCUGCGGAGAAGGGGACAGCCUCGUGUGGUGGUGAUCGGCGCCGGCUUGGCUGGCCUGGCUGCUGCCAAAGCACUUCUGGAGCAGGGCUUUACGGAUGUCACUGUGCUUGAGGCUUCCAGCCGCAUUGGAGGCCGUGUACAGAGCGUGAAACUUGGACACGCCACCUUUGAGCUGGGAGCCACGUGGAUCCAUGGCUCCCACGGGAAUCCCAUCUAUCAUCUAGCAGAAGCCAAUGGCCUUCUGGAAGAGACAACUGAUGGGGAGCGCAGUGUGGGCCGCAUCAGCCUCUACUCCAAGAAUGGCGUGGCCUGCUACCUCACCAACCAUGGCUGCAGGAUCCCCAAGGAUGUGGUUGAGGAAUUCAGUGAUUUAUACAACGAGGUCUAUAACUUGACCCAAGAGUUCUUCCGGCAUGGUAAACCAGUCAAUGCUGAGAGUCAGAACAGCGUGGGGGUGUUCACCCGAGAGGAGGUGCGCAACCGCAUUAGGGACGACCCUGAUGAUCCAGAGGCCACCAAGCGCCUGAAGCUCGCCAUGAUCCAGCAGUACCUGAAGGUGGAGAGCUGUGAGAGUAGCUCGCACAGCAUGGACGAGGUGUCCCUGAGCGCCUUUGGGGAGUGGACUGAGAUUCCUGGUGCCCACCACAUCAUCCCCUCGGGCUUCAUGCGGGUUGUGGAGCUGCUGGCUGAGGGCAUCCCGGCCCACAUCAUCCAGCUGGGGAAACCCGUCCGUUGUGUUCACUGGGACCAGGCCUCGUCCCGCCCUCGGGGCCCUGAGAUUGAGCCCCGGGGUGAGGGUAACCAUAAUCAUGACACUGGGGAGGGCAGCCAGGGGGGAGAGGAGCCCCAGGGGGAGAGGCAGGAUGAGGAUGAGCAGUGGCCGGUGGUGGUGGAGUGCGAGGACUGUGAGGUGAUCCCAGCGGACCACGUGAUCGUGACCGUGUCGCUGGGCGUGCUCAAGAUGCAGCAUGCCAGCUUCUUCCGGCCAGGCCUGCCCGCUGAGAAGGUGGCUGCCAUCCACCGACUGGGCAUCGGCACCACCGACAAGAUCUUUCUAGAAUUCGAGGAGCCCUUCUGGGGCCCCGAGUGCAACAGCCUACAGUUUGUGUGGGAGGACGAGGCGGAGAGCCACACGCUCACUUACCCACCCGAGCUCUGGUACCGCAAGAUCUGUGGCUUCGAUGUCCUCUACCCGCCUGAGCGCUACGGUCACGUGCUGAGUGGCUGGAUCUGUGGGGAGGAGGCCCUUGUCAUGGAGAAAUGUGAUGACGAGGCUGUGGCCGAGAUCUGCACAGAGAUGCUGCGGCAGUUCACAGGGAACCCCAACAUUCCAAAGCCUCGGCGAAUUCUGCGCUCGGCCUGGGGCAGCAACCCCUACUUCCAGGGAUCCUAUUCAUAUACACAGGUGGGCUCGAGUGGGGCAGAUGUGGAGAAGCUGGCCAAGCCCCUGCCAUACACGGAGAGCUCCAAGGCAGCGCAAGGAAGCUCCUCAAAGCAGCUGCCUGGUCACCUUUUAUCUUCCAAGUGCCCAGAACAGUCCCUGGAACCUAAUAGAGGCUCCAUAAAGCCCAUGCAGGUGCUGUUCUCAGGUGAGGCCACCCACCGCAAGUACUAUUCCACCACCCAUGGUGCUCUGCUCUCUGGCCAGCGCGAGGCUGCCCGUCUCAUUGAGAUGUACCGAGACCUCUUCCAGCAGGGGACCUGAGGGCCUCCUUGCUGCCGAGCGUGUUCCUUAAAGAACCACUAACUUGUGACUGUCAGCCCUGCCCCUUGCUGUUGUGUACUCCUCAUUUCCUAAUCCUCUGGAGAAUGGAUUUGUAUCUUUUGUAGAGCUAGACAUCUAAAUGGCUUCAGACCUGGCCCUGUAGCUUUUCCUUUUCUCCUUGCUGGGUGGUGACCAGGGUGGGGUCUGUUGAUUUGCCUCUGUGCUCUGACCUCUGACCUCCCCAUGCCUCCCCUCAUCUCCGAACUUGUUAUUGUAAGUGCCUUCAAUACUCUGCAUUUUGGGAUAAUAAAAGAGGCUUGCCCUU